UAAAGCUCAAUAUCAAUUGUUUUAAUGUAAAUAAUUGAUAAAUGUCUUGUCAAAGUUUUAACCAAAUGUCGAUAUCAAUUUUAUUUGAAAGUAACUGUUUUAUUAAAUGUACGUAUUUGAACAGUCAUUGGUCAUCGCGUGUCAUAUAAAACAACCUCUAGGUCCACAUAAAGGAAAACAAAAUCAGUUAAUAAUCAAUAUGACCUAGAAUAUUCUUCAGUUCAUCGUUUAUCAAUUUAUUUAUAUUCUAUAUAUAUGUAUAUAUUUACAUUCAUAUAAAUGUAAAAAUCUGACACUUUUCACGUAUAUACAAAUGAGCAUAUCGGAUUGAUUGAUGAAUUGUUAUUUAUAAAAUUUAUAUGUCACAAGGACAUAAAUUUAUGUGCAGAGUGAUCGGGAUGCAAGUAUAAGAAUAUAUAUAUUAUAUAUUAAAGUACAUGUGUACAUAUAUUAUAAGAACAGUAUAGAGAAGAGGAAUAGAUAAAUAGUUAUGCAUACAUGACAUGCGACAAGCUCAGUGCAUUAGCGAGGGACAACGAGCUUGAUCGUGCAUCGGAAGUAUCGGCAUUAACUGAAUCGCGUAUAUCCGCUCGAGUGAUUUUAUAAGAGAGUUCUUUGAUAGACGCUUUUUAAUUCAACGAUUGCUGGUGACAAUGUACGAGUGGUCAAAAAAGUACCAGGUGCUGCGUCUUAUCGCCAUUGAAAUCAUCCUGAUGGUGCUGAUGGGAUUCUUCACAGCCUACGGACCCGAGGCGGUGCCGUCAGCUAGUAGAUCAUCGGUCAAGGGCGACCAAGUGUCCACUACGAGCAAGUCUAAUAUUUUACAAAAAGACACAUCUGUCUAUGCGAUGUACCAAGAUGUUCACGUCAUGAUAUGGAUUGGUUUUGGUUUCUUGAUGACAUUUCUGAAACGUUAUGGAUACAGUGCCGUUGGGUUGACAUUCCUUGUGGGAGCUGUUCUUCUUCAAGUGGCUUUACUCUUCGACGGAGUCAUUAACAUCGGCGAGAAUGGCAAAGUACCGCUUUCUUUAAUGGGACUUUUGAAUGCCGAUGUUGCUGUUGCCGCUCCACUAAUUUCAAUGGGGGCUGUUCUAGGGAAGACUACGUACAUGCAGCUUAUCGUAAUGGGGAUUAUUGAGCUGGCCAUUUACACUGCCAACAAAUAUAUCGGAGAACAUUAUUUUAUGGCAAUCGAUGCUGGAGGAAGUAUGUUCGUUCAUGUAUUUGGUGCUUACUUUGGCUUGGCUGUAAGCUUCGCUUUUGGUAUAAAAGAUAAACCUAAGGAGCAUAAUCUAGAGGGAUCAACAUAUCAAUCAGAUAUAUUUGCUAUGAUUGGUACAAUUUUUCUCUGGCUCUUCUGGCCUUCCUUCAAUAGCGCUUUGCUCCAAGAUGAUGAUCAACAACGAGCAAUUAUAAAUACUUUGCUUGCAAUAUCAGCAAGCUGCGUGGCUGCUUUUGCAGUUUCUGCUUUAGUCUCGGAUGAAAGUAAAUUUAAUAUGGUUCAUAUACAGAAUUCAACGCUUGCUGGUGGGGUUGCUAUUGGAACAGCUGCAGGAAUGAUGUGCGAACCAUUCGGAGCAUUAAUUGUCGGUGGUUUUGCUGGGAGUCUAAGUGUCUUGGGAUAUAAAUAUUUAUCUCCAUUGAUCCAAAAAAAAUUAAGAAUUCAUGAUACUUGUGGUGUUCAUAAUCUCCAUGGGAUGCCUGGUAUGGUUGCAGGAAUAUUUGGUGCUUUAAUGGCUGGAAUUGCUUCAGAAGAUAUGUACAGUGACUCACUUUAUCAGAUAUUCCCGGCAAGAGCUCCUAGUUCUGGUGAAAGACUCGCUGAAUUGAAAAGUGAAUUAGGAAUAAACGCAGGCAUUGAUAGAACUGCUGGUCAACAAGCCGCGUAUCAGUUACUCGCACUAGCUGUCACAUUUAUAACUGCUAUUGUUUCUGGAGUAAUUACUGGAAUUUUUUUACGUAUUGAUAUUUGUGGUACCGUAUCUGAAGUAAAUAAAUUUAAUGAUGCAUUAAAUUGGGAACUUGAAGAUGAUAAUGAACAAGAGAUACCACGAAAAGCACGAGAAAAUAAUUCUAGAGUAGUCGAGCAAGUUCCCAUGAGUCAUAUAUAGAUGACUAUCAAUAAUUAAAUAUGAUUUUAAUUAUAUUUAUAUCUUUGCUAAAAAUUAGUUUAAACUUUUUUAAAUAAUUUUAA